CAAGAUGCCCAACGGCCAGACCCCGCCCCUCGGGACGCGCCAAUGACCAGGCCCCGUCCUGUGUGCGUGCGCGGUCCCGCGGAGGCGUGCAGGCGCCCGCGUAGUUAGAGGCUGAGGUGGCAGCGGCAGUGCAGUCAUGGAGCUGCCGCAGUUGCCGGAGCUGAUGGGCCUGUCGCUGUUGCUCGGACUGCUGGCCUUGAUGGCGACGGCGGCGGUAGCGCGGGGGUGGCUGCGCGCGGAGGAGGAGACGAGCAGCCGAUCCGCCGGCCAGAAGGCAAAUGGACUUCCACUUGACAAGUCCUUGAGAUCCAAGAAGCAGAAACAGCAUCAGCGAGUUCGCAAGGAGAAGCCACAACAACACAACUUUACUCACCGCCUCCUGGCUGCAGCACUGAAGAGCCACAGUGGGAACAUAUCUUGCAUGGACUUUAGCAGCAAUGGCAAGUACCUGGCCACCUGUGCAGAUGAUCGCACCGUCCGCAUCUGGAGCACCAAGGACUUCCUGCAGCGGGAGCACCGCAGCAUGAGAGCCAACGUGGAGCUGGACCACGCCACCCUGGUGCGCUUCAGCCCUGACUGCAGAGCCUUCAUCGUCUGGCUGGCCAACGGAGACACCCUUCGUGUCUUCAAGAUGACCAAGCGAGAGGAUGGAGGCUAUACCUUCACGGCCACCCCAGAGGACUUUCCCAAAAAGCACAAGGCACCCGUCAUCAACAUCGGCAUUGCCGACACAGGGAAGUUCAUCAUGACUGCUUCCAGUGACACAACUAUCCUCAUCUGGAAUCUGAAAGGUCAUGUGCUGUCUACCAUCAACACUAACCAGAUGAACAAUACCCAUGCUGCUAUAUCCCCUUGUAGCAGGUUUGUGGCCUCGUGUGGCUUCACCCCGGAUGUCAAAGUUUGGGAAGUCUGCUUUGGGAAAAAAGGGGACUUCCAGGAGGUUGUGCGAGCCUUUGAACUGAAGGGUCACUCGGCCGCCGUCCACUUCUUCGCUUUCUCCAAUGACUCCCGCAGGAUGGCCUCGGUCUCCAAGGACGGGACGUGGAAACUGUGGGACACAGAUGUGGAGUACAAGAAGCAGCAGGAUCCCUACUUGCUGAGGACAGGCUGCUUUGAAGAGGCGAGCACCAUGCCGUGCCGCCUGGCUCUCUCCCCUGACGCCCAGGUCUUGGCCUUGGCCAGUGGCAGCAGUAUUCAUCUCUACAACACCCGGCGGGGUGAGAAGGAGGAAUGCUUUGAGCAGGUCCAUGGGGAGUGUAUCACUGACUUGUCCUUUGACAUCACUGGCCGGCUUCUGGCCUCCUGUGGGGACCGGGCAGUGCGGCUUUUCCAUAACACCCCUGGCCAUCGGGCCGUGGUAGAAGAAAUGCAGGGCCUCCUGAAGCGGGCCUCCAACGAGAGCACCCGCCAGAGGCUGCAGCAGCAGCUGACCCAGGCCCAGGAGGCUCUGAGAAGCCUGGGCGCCUUGAAGAAAUGACUCUGGGUGGGUGUGGCAGGAAGGAUCUGGCCUGCGCCACGGCUGCCACUUCCUCCUCCCAGGUACUCCUCAGCUGGAAGCCUCUUGAAAGGAGUAUUUGGAUUUUUAGUGGUGGCUCCUCUCUCCUUUUCCCCAUUGAAACUCUUCUUGCCUAUUUUGAUCUCUCUCUUCUUGCCGGUUGUGACUCCUGGCCUUACUUGACUUCCUGGUCUAAUGACCAAGGUGCUUCUCUUUCUCCUGGGCCCAAGGGAUGGAAUCUGUCUUCACCGGGUGCUGAGGGAAAUGGACAGUUGGAGAGAGAGGACAUGGCCUUUGACCUUGGGGCAACACACCCUGGUACCCAAAGGAGUUUGCAGUUGUGGAGGCAAAACCUAGGGAAUCCCUGAGUACUAACCAGCAGUUUUGCAGGGGUGGGAGCCUGGGAUACCCUCCAAUUACAGAACUGUGGGAUCGUGUCAGGGAAGGACCAGUCUUAAUCCAGGCGAAGCUCCGAAUUCCAUCAAAAAGGAAUUUAGGGAUUUCAUUUGGUGCCUCAGUUUUUUUUCUUGUAAAAUGGAGAAUAAUCCUCUCUCUUGUCCUCCUUACAAAGAUGUUGUUAAUGUAUGCACAUAUAAAGUCCCUAGAUUUGGAAGAAAAGUGGAAAAGAGUAAUAAUAUACGUUGUCUGUUGGCCAAUCUCGUUUCUUAACUACCAGGUAAAUAUGGGACUCAAUACUUUGAAACUAAAUGAAAAAGAAAGAAACCCGUCCCUUGGGAAGGCGAAGUUUCUGGAAUUUGAUUAUACAUUUGGCAGCUGGUUCUGUAAGUUGUGUAGAGGAAUGCUAGAAUUCCAAGAUAGGACUCCUCUCUGCAAGGAGGUUGUAUUCUAUCUGAGGAGACCUCUUUUCAGUUCAUCAAAUAUUUGAGUGCCCACUGUGGGCCCAGCACAGCACUAGCACUGGGGAUGAAUACGAAUAGGGCGUCAUCUCUGCCAUCAAGGAUGGCCAGUGGGAGAGAGGUAACUCGUGGGUAGUAAGUGCUUUUUGCUAGUUAAUUCAUAGCUGUAGAGGGCUAUUGGGAAAGUCCCGGCAAGAGACAGAACUGGAUCCAGACGGAGGCGGUGGGUCUGAAGUUGAAGGGAUAGAGUUGGUAAGAGGUGAGGCAUUUACAAGUUCAGCUUUUUGGAUUUGAGAAUGCUGGGGUGUGGGAGAAGGGAAAUGAGGCUCUAGGACGACUUGCGUCUUGGCAAAAUUUAUCCAUCCGAAAUCCCCGUCUUGCCCUCGGUCCCUGCGAUGGGGGCCUCCCCUAGACAUCCCUUUGAACAAGGCACAACCGUGGAGUUCUCUCUCGUUACUCCCUUUUCGUUAAUCCUUCCGGCCCACUGGCACUAUUGCCAUCCACUCCAUCAGAAAAUUCUUUUGGUUCUACUCCAGAUUGUAUCCUGAAUCUGCUUUUCUCCAUCUUUUCUGUUAACCAUCCUGGUUCUAGCCACUGUCACCUGCUGGACUACAAUAAUCCAGCUUUCUCAUUGGUCUCCCUGCUUCUUCUCUUGCCUCGUUUACAUCACUUCCCGGCAUCCCAGAGUGAUCUUUGAAACCAGAUCACAUUGUUCCCAAGCAAAAGCCUUCCAAAGGCUUCCUAUCGCACCUGGAAUAAAAUCCAAGAUUCUCAUCAUGGCCUUUAA